AAGACAACAUCAAAGAUAAAGAACCUCUUCCUCUUCCUUUUCUUCCUUCAUCAAAAAUCAAUGGCUUCUACUCUUACUACUACUACUCCUCCUCCACCAUAUGAUGCUGAAGAUCAAAGUGACACCACAUUCUCAACCCCAGUUUUCCGGCCGACGACUCGCCGGAGUCCAUCUCUCUCCUCUUCUCCAUCUCACUCUUCCAACUCUUCCUUUGGUUCAUCACUCUCUUUUCAUGAUCUUGAUAAUUCCCCCUUUAGCCCAACUACUCCUCUUCAAUUCUCAAAAGGGGUACCUUUUUCUUGGGAGCAAAUUCCUGGUAUACCAAAACAAAAAAUUUCCAGGAAAAAUAACUCUUCUUUAGGCCAACUUCUUCCAUUGCCACCACCAGCUGGAAAUACUAUACCAAAUUCAUCCAAGAAAAAUAGUUUUUUUGAUGAGUUUUCUCCCAAAAAAUGUGCUAGUGAAAGCUUCAGAAAAGAUCCAUUUUUUGCAGCAUUUGUGGAAUGUUCCAAAGAUGAUAUUCAACAACAAUAUGAUAAGAGUUUUGGUCAUGGCAUUUGGAAAAGUUCUUCAAAGGUACCAUCAAUAAGAAGUUUAAGUGAUAGAUUUGGAUUCAUUAGCAUGUAUUCUUCUUGCAAAACCACUUGUACUGUUUCUGAAUCCAUUGUUUAUCUUCCAAGAUCAAGAAAUUAUCGUCGGAGCUAGUCAUGAUAGGUUAAAUAUUUAAGUCUUACUAUUUCGUGUUCGUGUUCUAUGUUCUCAUGAAAAUUAAACCUAUGGUCUCUUUUUCUGUUUUACUUUUUACUUGUGAUUUUUAUCUUUUUUGGAUUUUAUGUAAUGCAACGUGAGGACAAGUCACUAUGUUUGUCCUGAAUUAAAUAUGGACUAGUACAAUUAUGGAUAUGUUAUUUAUUUUUGGGUA